AUGCAAAACGGGAAUGGAAUACAUUACCUGCCUGAAUUCGACAAUUCGGUGCCUCUUGGAGAUAAAAUUUCAUAUAUUGCGGACUACAAAGAUGAGAUUCCUGCGCUCCUAUUUGCGGCAAAAGUGGCCGAUGAAGAAGUUUGCGGUCGCCUGAAGGAUGACCUUGAGAGGGACGGCGUCGACAUCGGCGCCAUGGUUGAUGAGAAUGACGCCAAUGUCUUCCACUACAUCGCCAAGAACGCUUCACACGGAGAAGACAUUCUAGCAUUAUUUGAUCCUUCGCAGUAUCAUUCCAAAAUCAACGAGGAAGACGGCAACAACGAAACUGCCAUCACAAUAGCUCUGCGUGCCAAAAAUUUCGGGCUUGCGUGCAAGUUGAAUGAAUUUCUGAAAGAAAAUAUAGGUUCGUCGCCGACCCUUUUUUAUUACUGCCUCGUCAGAUUCGAUGUAAGCCUGAUGUCGUAUGUGUUAAUGAAGGAUCCAUCGCUGGCCAGAGAGGGUAACGAAAAACGAAGCAAAGACGAGAUUUUGUCCGCGGCGGUGCAGUACAGAGACUUGGUCACGUGCAGGAGCCUGAUAGAUUGUUUCACCAUUGAAUAUUUGAAACAGGGCACUUACUGGAAGGACUGUUUGGUUCUCUAUGACGCCGCUGUCAACAAGAAGCACGGACAAGAAAUCGCUCGUUUCCUGCUCAAUAACUACGAGUUCGACCUUGGGGCUCCUGAACGAGAAGAAGUUGAACCUUUAAAAGAUGGAUAUUGUUCUCCCCUUGUAAACGCCUUAUUGGAGGGACACGUCGGCGUGGCUGAGGAGCUAUUAAAUCAUGGCGCCGAUAUUAAAGUAAAAACAAACGGGAAAAAUCUGCUUCAGAUCUGCGUUGAGGAAAAUGAACUGGAGAGUGCGAGUUUCCUUCACAGGAAGGAUGGUACUCUCUUGAGAGAAAAAAACGACGACGACGACGAGUAUUCGAUUUUUCUCUCGAUCUCUUCAUCGCCGGAGAUAUUUGCAAAGUGGCUAUUCGAGCAGGAACAAGAUCAACAAUUUUUGUCUGCUUUCCUCCAUUUCAUCGUGUUCUGUAUCGAAACCGAUGUCGCAGUAGAAAUCAUCCGCGAGCACUUAGGCUCCUUAAUUCGUCCAAUCGUGAAUCUAGCGGACAUGUCUGGUAAAACUCCCCUCCACGCGGCUCUCAGCGAGGGAAAACUAGAAGUUGCGGAAGCGUUGAUCGAGAACGGAGCCGACAUGAAAGUAAAAUUGCAUGGGGAAAAUUUACUGCUCUUCUGUGUGGCGGAGAACCAACUGGAGAGCGCCCAAUUUGUGCACGCCAAGGACAGAAGCCAGAUCCUUGGAACCGGGAGGAAAGGCGAAACCGCCUUGCAGCUCGCCUGCUUGUAUGCAUCCUCGGACAUUGAAACGUGGCUGCAGGAAGAAAUCGGCUCUGAAGGAGAAGAAAAUGCAGGUCCCGAGGAUCCGAAUAUUGAGAGUCAGUAA